UUGCAAACACUAUGAAGUGGAAGUAAGGACCAGGCGGGUGAAAGACAAUACAAAGAAACAUAAAUCUGCACAGAUGUCAGUGGCAUUGAACAGUGAGUCAGAGGAGGUUACAAUAGAAAGCUGGAGUCUGAUGGAUACUGGCAAAAGAUCAAAACAUGAAUCAAAAUAUAGAUGGACACCUCAAAGUCCAGUCUGGUGGAUUGGAGCUACUGCAGUGUGUCUGGUGAUUCUUCUGCUGACUGUGAUCUUGGCCUUGGUGGUCCAGAAUGGCAGCACUGUCAGGCAUUGGAACAAACUUCAAGUUGGUCUGAUGGAGUACCAAAACCUGGUUUCUAAUCUGACUAAAGACAGAGAUGCUCUGAGAGAUGAGCGAGACCAACUGAGAAUUAAUUCCAGCAGUCUGGCAAAAGACAUAGAGGUGCUGCAGAGCCAAUAUAACACUGUGGCUGCAAGUCGAGAUGAAUUAGAAGAGGCGAUCAGACAGUUAAAUCUCAGCACAGCAGAUAAACAUUGCCACCUUGGAUGGGUAAAAUUCAACAACAGCUGCUACUAUGCCUCUGAGAAACGAGCGAAAAAAACAUGGGAAACCAGCAGACAAGACUGUUUAGAGAGAGGAUCAGAUCUGGUGAUUAUAACCACAAAUGCUGAGUUGAAUUUUGUCACCACACUUUACACCAGAACCUGGAUUGGUCUAUCUGACAUAGCGCAAGAGGGCAAGUGGAAGUGGGUGGAUGGGACUGACCUGGGAGGUGGGGGAUUCUGGCAAGCCGGGGAGCCCAAUAAUAAUGGACAUGAGGAUUGUGUGGAGAUUUCACGUUCAAAUGGGGAUUGGAAUGAUGUGUCUUGUGAUACUAAAAUACCAUGGAUUUGUGAGUAUUAACAUCCAUUCUUUGUCUUUCAAUUGAUGCGAUUCAGGUCAUCCCAUCACGGUGUACAGUGCAACACAUACAGAUUAAUCAUAUUUAAAGUCAUGUGCCAGUGUUGAUGUUUGAACUCUUACUAGAAAGUCUGAUAACUGUUCCUUUAUAUUGUGUCUCUAUACAUUAAAAAUGAUACAGAAUAGUCACAAUAUUGCUUAAUGAUAUUUUGUACCCGUUUUAGCAAUAAUUAGUCAUUCAAAGCAAAAAGUAGAAGCAAAAUGUUGUAGCCCCUGAAUGUUUU